AGUUCCUUUGAUGACCACAGGGUGGCGACACUUGGCUAAUCAGAGCCAUGUGGCUCCUGUGGGCUGAAGUCUCUCCGGUGAAGUUUGUAGGAAGGAUUGCGCUCAGUUGGAGAAAGAGACAGAGAGGGGGAAAGUGAGCUGGGCUGCAGCGAGGAGGAAAGAGACAGAGAGCAGGGAGAGACACCUUUCUUCCAGACUGUCACGUUUUUUUUUUUUUGUUUGAGGGAUUUUGGUGCAUUUUGGAAGAAAGAUAAGCGGAAACAAGGCAAGGCAAUUUUGAGGCAUUAUAUUUGGAGGGGGCUCCGAAAUUACAUUGCGAGUGAAGUGGAUGUGAAGAGCGAGCAGAAAGUUUGACACAGAACCGGAGGAAUGUAUCCGACUUGGGCAGCGGCGAGCCUGCGUCUCUGGAGAUGUCCAGCCUGCGCGCUCUGGAUCGCCCUGCUCCUCCAAAGUGUGCUGGACCUGAGCGCGUCUGGGUCUGAGUUUCCCCAAGACCCCAAUGUGAUCGCUACUUCAUGGAACACCUCUAACGACGGGUCCUUCAUCCGUCUGGAAGCUCUCAUGAACAACAUCACCACCUCCCUGGGCCACACAGCUGAGCUUUUCUGCCGCGUGUCCGGCAACCCGCUUCCCACAGUGCGCUGGCUGAAAAACGACGCUCCGGUGGUGCAGGAGCCGCGGCGGGUCUCGUACCGAUCCACGCCUUACGGAUCACGCCUCCGCAUCCGCAACCUAGACACCACCGACACGGGAUACUUCCAGUGCGUGGCCACCAACAGCCAGGGAACCGUGUCGACGACAGGGGUGCUGUUUGUCAAAUUUGAUCCACUCCCUACACCUCUGCCAGGACGACCAACGGAUGAUUUUGAUGAAGAGGGAUUCUGUCAGCCGUACAGAGGCAUCGCCUGCGCACGCUUCAUCGGCAACCGCAGCAUCUUUGUGGACUCGCUGCAGAUGCAGGGCGAGAUCGAGACGCAGAUCACAGCCGCCUUCACCAUGAUCGGCACAUCCAACCACUUGUCCGAUCGUUGCUCCCAGUUUGCCAUCCCCUCUCUCUGCCACUUUGCCUUCCCGACCUGCGACCGCAGCACGGGGACCGACAAACCCAGGGACCUGUGUAAAGACGAGUGCGAGAUCCUGGAGAACGACCUGUGCAAGACGGAGUACAUCAUCGCCCGCUCCAACCCCAUCAUCCUGAAGAGACUGAAGCUGCCUAACUGUGACGACCUGGCUGCCUACGACAGCCCCGAGGCUGCCAACUGCCUGAGGAUCGGCAUCCCCAUGGCCGAGCCCAUAAACAAGAAUCACAAGUGCUUCAACAACAGCGGCGCGGACUACAGGGGGACCGUCAGCAAGACGAAGUCGGGGCGCCAGUGUCAGCCGUGGAACUCUCAGUACCCUCACAGCCACACGUACCUCGCCGUCCGCUACCCCGAGCUCAACGGGGGACACUCGUACUGCCGUAACCCUGGCAACAAGCACGAGGCGCCCUGGUGCUUCACGCUGGACGAGGGGGUCCGCAUGGAGCUCUGUGACAUCCCCGUCUGUGACCACAAAGAAAGGUCCAGUGGCAGCAACAUGGAGAUCCUGUACAUCCUGGUCCCCAGCGUGGCCAUCCCGUUGGCCAUCGCUUUGCUCUUCUUCUUCAUCUGCGUUUGCCGCAACAACCAGAAGUCUGCGCGGCCUCCUGCGCCCCGUCAGCCCAAACCAGUGAGGGGGCAAAACGUGGAGAUGUCCAUGCUGGCUACUGCGUACAAACCCAAGAGUAAAGCCAAAGAGCUCCCCCUGUCGGCCGUGCGCUUCAUGGAGGAGCUCGGCGAGUGCUCUCUGGGGAAGAUCUACAAGGGUCACCUGUACCUGCCGGGAAUGGAGCAGGCGCAGCUGGUGGCCAUAAAGACCCUGAAGGAUGUCACAAGUGCCCAAUACUGGAGCGACUUCCAGCAGGAGGCGGCAGUGCUGACGGAGCUGCAGCACCCUAACGUUGUGUGCCUGCUGGGCGUGGUGACUCAGGAGCAGCCCGUCUGUAUGCUCUUUGACUUUCUGCCUCAGGGCGACCUCCACGAGUUCCUCAUCAUGCGCUCGCCUCACUCGGACGUCGGCUGCAGCAGCGAUGAAGACGGCACGGUGAAAUCCAGCCUGGACCAUGGCGACUUCCUGCACAUGUCCAUACAGGUGACUGCAGGGAUGGAGUACCUGGCCAGCCACUUUUAUACCCACAAAGACCUGGCGGCUCGGAACAUUCUGGUAGGUGAACAUCUCCACGUAAAGAUCUCGGACCUGGGUCUCUCCAGAGAGAUCUACUCGUCGGACUACUUCUGCCUCCAGCCCAAAACGCUGCUGCCCAUCCGCUGGAUGCCCCCCGAGGCCAUCACCUACGGCAAGUUCACCACGGACUCGGACAUCUGGUCGUUUGGAGUCGUGCUGUGGGAGAUCUUCAGCUACGGUCUGCAGCCGUACUACGGCUUCUCCAACCAGGAAGUGAUGGAGAUGGUGAGGAAGAGGCAGCUGCUGCCCUGCCCUGAGGACUGCCCGCCAAGGUUUUAUGGUUUGAUGACUGAAUGCUGGCAGGAGGGACCAGCACGUCGGCCGCGCUUCAAGGACAUCCACGCCCGCCUGCGAGCCUGGGAGGGGAUGUCAUCCCACGCCAGCUCCAGCACGCCCUCUGGUGGCGGAGGCAACGCGACCACCCAGACCACCUCGCUCAGCGCCAGCCCGGUCAGCAACCUCAGCAACCCUCGCUACGCCGCUGCCGCCGCAGCUGCUGGGUACCUCUACCCGGCCCAGGCUAUGACCUCUCCAGGCCAGAUGGCCACCAUUCAGGGCUGGACGCCCAUGGCUGUGCCCCAGACGCACCAACGCUUCAUCCCCGUCAACGGAUACCCCAUCCCGCCAGGUUACGCAGCUUUUCCAGCCCACUUCCCUCCUCCUGUCCCACCAACCAGGGUCAUCCAGCACCACCUGCCUCCUCCCAAAAGCCGCUCGCCUAGCAGUGCCAGCGGCUCCACCAGCACGGGUCACGUCAGCGGCGUUCCCUCCACCACGGGCUCCAACCAUGACGCCAACACGCCGCUGCUCUCCCAUUGCAUCAUGCCGGGGAGCGGCGGGGGGCCGGUUCAGAUGUAUGGACACAUACAUCAGAAAGCGAUGGGACAGCUGGACCACCAAACAUCGGCGCUCCUAGCUGCUGAUGCUGACGUACGGAUGUACAACGACUCGGUCAUCACAGCAGAUCUGUAGAUAGAGAGACUCACACUUUCUGCACGGGGACCCAAAAAAAGAGAAGUUUAGCCUCUCACUCAGGGACCCGGUGUGACAAUUCAAACAGAAACUGGCCUGUACGCACAUUCACGUGUGCAACGAACACUGCCGCAGCCACACACACACACACACACACGUCCACACAGCUGUGAGACGUUUUACUGCCUUUUUGUUUAAAGCAAGUGUACUUAACUACCAUGGUUUGGAAAUGUUGUGCGAUUAUUUUAACCUCUGUGUAAAUACGGUACAUAGGUCCUGAAUGAAUGACAUACGAAGAUAUAUAUUCAAAAGAACUGUUUUAUUUGAAACAACGUUUUUAAAGGUGACAAAGUAGCAAAAGUCCAUCCAGUGUCCUAAACAUGACAGAUACAAAAUAAGACAAAAAAAAGUUCCUGUGUCAACGGACUGUUUCAUGCAGGAUGUGAAGGAAACACUGACAUUCAUCUUACGACCUGUAGGGGGCCUCUCAUUAGCGGUGUGACUUGCUUAUUUCUGGACACAUAAAUACAAAUGUGCGGUGCAAUGUGUCUGGACGAGAGAAGAAAGUACAUUUAAUCGAUGAAAAAAUGGGAACAGCAGUCUCAACAAACUAGAGGAUCAGCAGUAACAAACACACCAGUUACAUGAAGCUUUACAGCCGACAUGCCGCAUUCUUUUAGGGUAUCAUGAUGUCACAGCUAUGUGAAACUGGCAGAAACUCAAACUGAAGAGCCGCAUGUGAUGAGGUACACUGAUCUGGUGGAGUGCGUCUUCAGUUUCACACAGAAUCUCCUCCGAAGUGACACCUGAAUGUUUUUUGUGUGCGGCCUCGGCAUUUCUCUUCUGCAGCAUGGACACAAGCCUCCACGUUGAAGAACGAGGAAGCCGGGAGUUCUUCUGAUUGGACGAUAAACACUUCCUUCAUUUUCGUUUUUUUUUUUCCUCUCCUUCACAUCUGAUGCUUUGUCAUUUUCCCCUCUUUCAUACCUUUCAAGCAGUCAUGCAUCUAAGGGCACACUCACACUGCGCAAUCCGUACAGCGCCCAAUCACGCUCCACCCUCAAAGUCAUGAUCACAUAAAGCCAUGCAUGUGUUGUAUUGCGAUGUUAUGUAGGCUAAAAGAGGUAAGCGUGCUCGGGCCCGGUUAGUCCUGGAGCGGUGUGAGUGCAGGCCAGCGGGGGAAUGGGAAGCGGGGACAAUCAUGCUUCUGCAAAGUACGAGACAAUUGGGCCUAUUGUGAGUGCACCCUAACAUAAAAAGCUGGCUUCAGAAGUAUCUACUCAACACGAUCAGAUGGCAGCCUCCACAGCAGCUGGACCGGUCUGUUCUCAGGGCGAACACUUAGUUUACCUAAGAGGACAUGGGCCAAUUUACUGUCAGCGAAUGUAUCUCAAAUUUCACCCUUUUUUAAUCACAAUUUGGACACGUUUAUUUUAACAGGAGAGGUUUUCAGUAUUUCCAUUUUGAGGGAACUUUAAAGAAGUUUUUAUUCACAUCUUUAUAUCAUCUUUUUUUUCCCGAAUCUGUACUGUGCAAAAAGAAAAACAAGCCUUCAAGAGACGGCGGCAUGAAAACAGUCAGAGCAGGGAGAAUAAUGAAACGUUAAAGGUAGCCUUGGUACGAGAACAAACACUGAUGAAUAAAAUGUUUAAAUGUGCUUUAAUUUAUGCCCACUCCGUCUGAAAAGAAGAAACAAACGGGGCAGACAGUGUCAGUGUUUGCAGAGAGGUUUAUAUUUGUUGAGCUUUUUUGUUUCUUCAUCAGUAAAGUGUUUUUUUUCUAAAGUGUCAAUGAACACCCUGACACCAACUUUUAAUGACAAGAGCUGAAAGAGAACAAAACGAAUCUGUCCAUGUGUUCUUGUUUGUCUCUAAAAUCACAGCUCUGUUUAAAAUCUGACAUGUUCAGUAAUCAUCAUUUAGAUGCAUUCACUCACGUUUCCAUUUUUCAAACGGUACAAAGACGUUAGUGUUUUUGGGAAAAGAUUUUGUCCUGAUUUCCCAAACGAUGCCUCGGUUAUAAUGAUGGUUAAUCAGAAGCAACAGAGCCUGUGAUAUAAACACAGAUUAUUAUGGUCGAGGAAUGUUUCUCCGUCACUGUGUAGAAGACAAUCAUUGGUUGUAAAAGAGUCCCUGACUGUUUGCAUGUAUUGCACUCUGCUGUUUUAUUUACAUUGAUCAUGGCGAUGAGCUGUAUUUGCUAAACAAUCACACAUUUAGCACGACACAGCUUUGUGUUAGCAGUGAAGCACAGUACGAAUAGCUCUUUUCCUAUCGUGUAUCCAUGUUUACACCUACAAUUUCGACAGCAAUUUGCAAUAUCUGCAAAGCUCUUACUAGUUUCUAACCAAUGUUGCCUUACAUGAAGAGGAGUCAUCACCCUGCAGUCUUCCACAGAGUGAAGCAUAAACACUAGUAUCCUAUCAGUACUCGAUAUCUGCAAUAACAGAGUCCAAGUGAUAAUGACCAUGUCCUACACAGAAUUCACAACAACAUCUUUAUUUACAGAGGCAUAUUAAGGAUCCUACAACUUCAAACACUUUAAUUCAGCUCCUCAAAGAUCCUAGAAAUGCAUUGAAAUAUUUUAAUCCUAGAGUUAUGGCUGUAUUCUGUAACAUCUGCAUCGAUACAUGUGUUUGCAAGGAGCACAUGAUGAUAAAGUGCCAUAUCCAUUUUUUGAGCACAGCCCUAAUUGAAACCAUAAUAAGUCAAAAGAUGAUGUUUGUGGGGCGCUUGUAGCCUAGUGGUUAGUGCAGGCGCCCCAUUUACAGAGGUCAUAGUCCUCCAAGCGGGCGGCCCUGGCUCGAAUCCGACAUGUGGCUCCUGUCCCGCAUGUCCUUCCCUCUCUCUCUCGCGCCCCGAUUUCUGACUCUCCUCUCUGAAAAAAGGUUUAAAAAGCCCCAAAAAACGUUAAUUAUAUUAAAAAAAGGCUGAGUGUCUGCAGCUGGCAAACUGAAGGGAGAGCUUUGUUCCUCAUGGUUUAUCAUUUUGAUUUCUUUUGUCUCAUCGUUCCUCUGAAGCACAUCGAACUACCCUAGCGUCUUCACUCUCCAGCAUGAAAAGGAUUUCUGUGUACUAAUCCAGCAGUGCAACAAAAACCACUUCUACACAAGACUGUGAACCUGAAUCAAGUCUCGGUAUUUUAUGUGCCUGGCUAUGAAAAAAAAAAAACAACUGUUGUGCCUUUUUAGUUUCAUGAAAGAUCCAUUUUUACUAAAAGAAAAUACAAAUGUUUAUUUCAGUAAGAGUGUAACCAUAACAGAAGGUUUACAUGCUUAUCCUUUUGACCGGCAGAGGCCUUGACUUUGUACUUUCUCUGGACAUUUUUUGCACAGAUGUAUGUUUUGUAUUGCAAAAUCAUGAAUUAAAUAAUGUUGUUUGGUUAA